AUGCCUCUGCAAACAGCCAUCGUCCUCAAUCUGGUGACCAUGACUGCGCUAUCUCACCAUCCAAUCCCAACUGACAUUCAGACUCGCCAUUCGGCGCCUAUGGGUGUCUUCUCGGCACAUCGUCAGCAUACCAGCGUUUCCAAUCACGAUCCAUCGACGCCCGUCAAGCCUCCUGGGCAGUCGAAGUACACCAUCGCAAAAGAAACUCCUCCUUCGUCCUCGAAGCUCGCUAGCAGACCUCCCACACCAGUACCAGACUGUCCACCACCUGUAUUGACCAGACAAUCCACUGCCAACAAUCUCACUCACCCAUCGACUGGCCCUUCUAACGUUCAAUCAUCCGAGUUGAGGCACUCCUUUGCAACUCAUGAAGCACCAUCGCCCGCCUUCGAGCUCUCGCCAGCUUCAGAGUCUACAAUCUACCGCUUCCCACCUACGCCUCCUCUGCCCAAGGAGUGGAACGGCACUCACGACCAUGCUAUGUGUGUUCUUGAUACAUGCAACUAUUCCCUCAAUGCCAUUGUCAAGAAGCUUCGAAGUGCCUUCCCCGAGCUUGCCAGAUCUCCUUUGACUCCAAUUAUGGUCGACAAGCGUCUGCGUGUUCUCGAUCAGAAUCCGGACAUUGAUUACUUCCGCACCGGUCUCGAGCAUGCAAAUCGUGAGAGCCUGGAGAAGGCUCGUCGUGGAAAGGCCACCAGUACCGAUACUGGCCCUUCUGGCUACGAUACACACAUACCAGCCGACCCCAGAGUCUCGACUCUUACAGCUCCUACUUCAACAAUCGAUAGCAGCCUCAUGAGCAGCAUGCCGAGCCUUCUCGACCUUCCAAAGAAGCUGAUUGACGCCCGCCAUGAAUCGGAGCUAUCCCACAAACCCACAGAGUCCAAGAAAUCGCAAGCUAAUAGUCCCACCCGACCACUUGAGUCUGGUUUUCUUUCUCACAGCACUCCUACCGCCGAGAAGGACAUGUCGUAA